UCAAGAUGAAUUCCACCAGGGAAUCAUUUGGUAGAGUCACGUGCAAUGGGCUUUCUGAAGCCGAAAAGACGAUCUCUCUAGUGGCAGCAGACCACGGCCAGCAAAUAGUAAAUGUGCUGCAAAACUUCAGAGAGCAACAGAUUUUUUUUGACUUCAUCAUAAAUGUGAAGGAUGAGCUAAUGCCUUGUCAUCGUUGUGUGCUGGCAGCAAGCAGUGACUUUUUUAGGGCUAUGUUUGAAGUGAAUAUGAAAGAACGAGAUGGCGGGAGUGUAAACAUUAGCAAUUUAUCACCUAGCGCUGUAAAGGCAUUUCUUGAUUACGCGUACACAGGCAAAGCAGAAAUAACGGAGGGAAAUGUUGAUAUGCUCUUUCAGAUGGCAUCGUUUUUUCAAGUGGCCCUACUUUCCAAAGCAUGCAGUGACUUUUUAAUAAAAACUAUUGAUAUAAAUAAUUGUUUGCAGUUGCUGUCGAUAUCUGAAGGUUACGGCUCAACACGUUUGUUUGAUCGUGCCUUGGAAUUUACCCUGCAGAACUUCUCAUUACUAACUCAGUCUACCGAUUUCUUAGAAUUAAAUAUUAGUGUGCUGGAAAAAUGCCUGCAAGACGACGAUUUAUGUGUGUCGGAAGAAGAAUUUGUGUUGUCCGCAGUGCUUUCCUGGACCAAGCAUCAUUUGUACCAACGAGAGAAGUAUUUUCCUCAGCUAUUAAAUAAAGUUAGAUUACAUCACUUAUCUCAAUCCACGCUGCAAGACAUUCUACUCUCAGAGGAACAAUUAUUAAAAAGCACAAAUUGCUUUUCCACAAUCAAUUCUGCAAUGAAAAAAGUAGAACGUGCCGGUGGGCUUUUUCCAGACGCUCGGCUUUCGACAACAGAGAAGUACAUCUUUGUUCACAAGACUGCAGAAGAGGGAGGAACUCAGCAUACGUUCUGCUACGGGAUAAAAACUGAUAAGUGGCUACAGCUUCCGCAAAUUCAUAUUGUGGAUCUCCCAGGUUCAAGUUUAUCAAGCUAUGGAGAAAAGAUAUUCAUAACUGGAGGUUGUAAGGGGAAUUGUUGUAGGGCGGUGAGGCUUCAUAUAGCUGAGCCUUACCAUGAUGCCACUGACCAAACAUGGUGCUACUGUCCAGUGAGCAAUAAUUCUUCUUUGGUCCCUGCCAUGAAAAAGCCAAGAACGAUGCAUACGUCAGUUGUAGCGCUCAACCAAUUAUUUGUGAUCGGUGGAAAGACUCAAGGUGCGCAUGACAUUCGAAGCCUGCUAGAUGUGGAAUCUUACAAUCCUCUCAGUAAAGAAUGGAAAUCAGUAAGUACGUUGCCGAGAGGGAUCUACUACCCAGAAGCCAGCGCGUGCAAAAAUGUCAUUUACGUUCUAGGUUCUGAAGUUGAAAUCACGGAUGCUUUUAAUCCUUCACUUGACUGUUUCUUCAAGUAUAAUGCAGAUACAGAUCAAUGGAGUGAACUUGUAGCAGAGUUUGGGCAUUUCUUCCACGCAACCUUAAUCAAAGCCGUACCUGUCAAUAACACUUUGUACAUCUGCGAUCUUUCCACAUAUAAAGUGUAUAGUUUUUGCCCGGAGACUUGUGUUUGGAAGGGGGAAGGGUCUUUCGAAUGUGCAGGAUUUAAUGCAGGAGCAGUUGGAAUUGAAGAUAAAAUUUAUAUACUAGGAGGGGAUUAUGCACCUGAUGAAAUCACUGAUGAAGUUCAAGUUUACCAUAGCAACCGCUCGGAGUGGGAGGAAGUCUCUCCAAUGCCUCAAGCUUUAACAGAAUUUUAUUGUGAAGUAAUUCAGUUCAACAAGUGCAGGGAUCCAUGGGGUGUAAGCCAUUUGUAACUGUUUACCUCUCACAUGAUGAAGUUAUAUUUCUUUUUCUUAGACAUGUUGCCAUCAACAUCGUAGUCUCCUCCAUGACAGGAGGCUUCUGUCGAUCAGGGUAGGGUGACCUGUUUGUCUUUUACUGUAAACAACAAUUUCUAUAACAUUUCCUUCAAACAAUUAUGCGAGUCCAACUGUAUAUUAACACUGGGGGAAGGAGGGACACACUCUCUUUGGUCCAGAGUUGCUUUUCUUAAGCAAAAAACGUACCAUGUUGCCCCAUUUCAGGUCAACACUCACUGUUGCAUGGCUAGGGUUCCUCACUUGGUCCUGAUGUUCCAUUCUGGGGAGUACAAAUGAAUCUGGAGGCAGAUUACAUGGAAGAGACAUCUUCAACUCCAACCAUUGCCUUGAUCUUCUGGAAAGGAAA